GUCAGGUGUUGUUCCAGUCCAGAGCUAUAACAACGACGGUGCUAAUAAUUAAAACCUGAGCGUUUAAAAGAGAUGUCCCAGCUUCUAUUCUAGAGACCAGUUUUCAUCCCAUGUGUCGCCGGUGUUUGGAAUAAAUAAGGCACCCCAUCUAACCCCCCCAAUCUCCUCUUGGGGCCGUGAAUGAGCCAAGGUUGUGGGGGACCUCAAGUGGCCCCUUUCCCCCCUUUUCACCUACCCCUCACCCCCCUCACCUCCAACCAACCACUCCGUUUGCUUGGUACCCUGGAUGCUGCUGAGUGACGCAGGAGAGGGACUCAGAUGAUCCGCUGGGGCUUUCAGAACCGCGUCAGAGAAGAUUAACUAGAAAGAGAGAGAGAGAGCCUCCAGGGGGCGCUUUGAGAUUUGGCAGAGGGCCUGACCCACCCCUGCGAUUCUCCGGCCCGUGAGAUGCCCUCCCCCCCCAACGAUGGAGAGGAUCACGGAGCGUCCCCCGUGAACAGGCCAUCUGCAGGCUCCUUCCAGAGCAGCGGGAAGAGGAAGGUGCAGACCAAGAAGAAGAAAGGAACUAUCACUGCAAACAUGGCCGGCACCAAAUAUGAGAUCGUCCGUAUAGUCAUCAAAGAGAUGGCCUUCCUCAAGACCCGGGAUGAAGACGAAACUGCCAACCUUAUAUGGAACGACUCAGCCGUUCAGCACGAGAAAAUUGCUGAGCUCAGGAACUACCAGAGAAUUAACCAUUUCCCUGGCAUGGGUGAAAUCUGCCGGAAAGACUGCCUGGCGAGGAACAUGUCCAAGAUGAUCAAGUGCCAGCCUCAGGAAUACAGCUUCAUCCCCAAAACGUGGAUCUUUCCCGCUGAGUACACCCAGUUCCAGAACUACGUCAAGGAGCUGCGCAGGAAACGCAAGCAGAAGACGUUCAUUGUUAAGCCCGCCAACGGAGCCAUGGGUCACGGGAUCUCGUUGAUCCGUAACUGCGAGAAACUGCCAGCCCAGGAACACUUCAUCGUUCAGGAGUACCUGGACAAGCCCUUCCUCAUGGAGGGCUACAAGUUCGACCUGCGCAUCUACAUCCUGGUCACGUCCUGCGACCCACUACGCAUCUUCCUCUACAACGACGGCCUGGUGCGCAUGGGCACCGAGAAGUACCACAUGCCCAGUGAAGCCAACCUAAGCCAGCUGUACAUGCACCUGACCAACUACUCGGUCAACAAACACAACGAGAACUUUGAGCGGGACGAGACGGCGGACAAAGGCAGCAAGAGGUCCAUCAGCUGGUUCACCGAGUUCCUCCGUAUCAACGACUACGACGUGGCCAAGUUCUGGGGAGACGUCUCUGAGCUGGUAGUAAAGACACUGAUCGUGGCCGAGCCUCAUGUGCUGCACGCCUACCGCAUGUGUCGCCCCGGUCAGCCACCAGGGAGCGACAGUGUCUGCUUUGAAGUGCUGGGCUUUGACAUCAUCCUGGACCGCAAACUGAAGCCCUGGCUACUGGAGAUCAAUCGGGCUCCGAGCUUUGGGACCGAUCAGAAAAUUGAUUACGACGUGAAGAAGGGGGUGCUUCUCAACGCACUCAAACUACUCAACAUCAGAGCCAGUGAUAAGAAACGCAACCUGGCCCAGCAGAAGGCGGAGGCCCAGAGACGGCUUUACGGACACGGGUCGACGAAGAAGCUCUCGGCUACCUCUUCCGACUGGGAGAAACAGCGCCACACGCUGGAGCGGAGGAAAGAAGAGCUGAAAGAGCGACUGGCACAGGUCCGCAAGCAGAUCUCCAGGGAGGAGCAUGAGAGACGACACCUGGGGAACUACAGACUCAUUUACCCGCCUGAUGACAAGCUGCUGCUGGAGAGGUAUGAGAGCCUGCUCUCAGCAGCGUUCCAGACCUUCCUCGCUGGGCGAGCGGCCUCACUUCAAAAAGAAAUGAAUAAUCCUCUGAAACAGAUGAAGGAGGAGGACAUCCUGGACCUGCUGGAGCAGUGCGAGCUGGACGACGAGAGGCUGAUGGGCAAAUCCUCCAGACAACGCGGCCCCAAGCCCCUCUCCUCCAUGCCGGAGAGCAGUCAGAUGCCCAGGAGACUGAGAGUGGACUACCUGGGUGACUUCACCAGCGGCAGCAGCCCGGACAACUCCUGCUCUUCCUCCGAGGAAGAGGAAGACGAAGGGGAGGAGAGAAGGAGAGAGCGGAGCGGAGUGGGAGAACGAGUAGAGAAGAGGGAGAAGAAAGUUUCCUACGACCUCGGGGAGAGCAAGGAGAAAGGCUCAGCAGAACGUUCCGGUCGCAUGCACUGGAAGCCCACGGUUAAGCCGCUCAAACCCGGCCCCGCCCCCUCCACCUCACCCACGCUGUCUGGUCCAAUCAGGCGCUCCAUCUCGUGCCCCCGUUCCAUCGCCUCCCUGUCGUCGCCCAACGAGUCGCGGGCGCCGUCGGCCAAGCCCUCCCCCGUCGUUCCCCCGGCCACUCCCCUGGUGAGGCCCAGCUCUGCCUCUCUGCGCUCCCAUUCGCUGAGCCGCAGUGGCUCUGCCCACCGGGUUCCGCACAGCAACAGCCUGGGGACCAUCCACUCAAACAUGGGAGAUCCGGUGCUGAACCUGAGAAGUAAGGAGCAGGAGGCAGAGCUUAUGCGACAGAGCCUGGCCACGCUCACUGCCAUGAGGAUCCGCUUCCCCGGGAAGAACGAGGAGGAGGCCGAGGCCAUGCUGGACGAGAUCCUCGAUAACUGGAAAUACCACAAACCCAAAGUGGCCUCCUAUUGGCUGGUGAAGUUGGAUUCUACCAAACAAAGGAAGGUGCUGGACAUCGUGCGCACCAACGUGCGCUCGGCGCUGCAGCGGAUCUGGAGGGAGCCUGACGUGGAAACUCUUCAUCUCUACCGCCUCUUCAACCGCGUCUUCAACAGGCUGCUGUGGAGCCAUGGCCAGGGGCUCUGGAACUGCUUCUCCAACACCGGGUCAUCGUGGGAGGUCAUCUUCAGUAAGAGCAGCGAGGUGGUCUCGCCACAGGAGCUGCAGUGCUGCCGCCGGCUGGUCCAGCUGUGCCGCGAUUGCCUGCUGGUCGUCUACAAAGUUGUCUCCGAGUCCCGCAGCUCCCUGACCGGCCUCAGCCCCGAGUGGGAUGACACCAGGUAUCUGCUGCCAGUGACCUCCCAGUUCAUCACCAAGCGGCCCUCCUCCAGCUAUGGGCGCGUCUCUUCAGCCAUGCCCCGGUCCCGCAGCCUCCUCGCUGCCAGGAUGGGUCAGUUCUGAGGUCACAGUGGCAACCGCCCCCCGGACCCCCACUUCCUUGAUCUCUGACGCCCCCUCAUUUCCCUCACUCCCCUCACCCUCAGACACU